CCCAGGUGAGUGGCCUUGCAGAGCCAAACGGGAGGUGCCAGAGGCUAACAGAUACGGUAAAAGAGACAGGGAGCAAAGGAGAGAGGGAAGAUGAUGAAACACUUCAUAUGAGUGUGUGUGUGUGUGUGUGUGUGUGUGUGCGCGCGCGUGUGUGUGUGAGACAAGAAGGGACUCGCAUAUCGCCACCGUUAGACACCUGUCAGAACAGACGGGAGAACCGACGGAUGGACUUCACGGGAUUUUUCAACACGUUGGACUCAUUUUAACUCUUUCACCAGAUCUUUGAAGAGAGGAACUUGUUCCUGAGGUGUGCUGUUGUCGCAGCCGUCAGCCCACGUGGGAAUUCCCUCGGUUUGGAUAAAACCUGAAACUUUUCCUCUCGAGGGAUCUUAUUCUCUGACUGAACCAGGUUGACGGAGCUGCUUUUUCUAAAACCCAACUUCAGACAAGCUGCAGGAACAUGGCUGACUUCCCAUCCAAGGUUACCACGGAAACCAGCCCCCCCAACUCCCAGAACUCCCAGCAAGGGGGGAACAGCCUACGAGGGCUGGCAGACGGCAUCACCGCCAAGAUGGACAUGUCCUUCAUCAGAAGCAUCCCGGCAGCUCUCAUGAUGGUUCAAGUAAUUGUGGGGUUACUCCACUGGGCGCUGAUAGCCAGCUCGCCUUACUUUGUGGUGCCUGCAUACGGCUGGGUGAUGUUUGUGGCCGUCACCCUUUGGCUCAUAACCACCAUCCUCUUCUUCAUGAUCCUGUUCACCGUCCAUCGGGGACUGACUUUCGUUCCCUGGCCGCUGAUGGUGAUGGUGUAUCAUGGCGUUGCUACAGUCCUUUACUUCACUGCCUUCCUGGCCAACGCAGCGACCGUGAACGUCUUCUGGCCAGGCUAUUUCUACGGACACAUCGCUGCAGCUUCUUUCUUCGGGGCUGUGCUGACCCUGGCGUACGGCGCGAGUGCUUUUCUGUCCUACCUGGACUGGCGAGGCGACGGAGGAAACGCAGCCACCAGCACAGUGCCGACCUAAGACUCUGGAACUGAUGAUGCUCUGCUAUCAGCAGAGGGUCAUGUGACUAUUACUGCUGAUGUCAUAAACACCCAAAACCACAAUGUUUACUCCAGAACGAACAAAACAACAAUGCAUUUCUUGUUAUGCAUCAGUCUUAAAAUCAGUAUCACACAGUGAGUUCCAGUGGAUUUACUGACUAAUAAUACAAGGCUGAGAACUAAUUAUCACUAAAUUCACCUGUUUUACGAAGAACACGUUAAAAGAUGUGAGCACAGGUUAUCGUGUAGACUGCAGGGUGAGCUGCACCCCUCUGGCACGCCCAAGGCUUUCUCAUUAACAGGCUGGAGCGGAAGGGAUGGGUUGAUGUUUUACCGGAGCUAAAGUCAGCUUCCCACAGCAGCAGCUCUGUCGUCCUGAGCAGGUCCCACAAGGAAACCUUGAUUAAACUACAAAAAUAAUUAGAUUUUUCACCCUAAUUAGGAUGUAAAUGUUCUAUUUAAAUGAUUGAAUCUUGUUUUUGUUCCUUUUGAAAAGAAAAAAUAUGUGAAUCCACAAUUUACCAGACUUUAGCUUAAAGGUGUGGGACACUCGUUUAAUGAAUACAACUGCAGGCGUGCUCUGGUGGAAAACGUUCAAGUGCGCUUGCUUUAGGAACUAGAAGUGAGCCUCAUUCGAGGAGAGCUGAAUGCACCAGGAUUUCCUGAUGUUUGGACAACUCUCCUCUGAUUGGCUAACAGCAACGUGACUCUACCACCGACCUGUUUGCUCUGCAACGUUAAGGUUUUAUCUCCACAAUCAACAUAAGCCUGGAGGGGUUCUGCUGUGUGGUGGAGUUGCUAAUGCUAUCGGUUAGCUUUUACUAGCCGAGACGUUCUCUGCUGUUUCCCGGACGUUAAACCAACAACAGCCUUCCCCGUCGUGAAUGAAGUUUGGCCAGUCCAUGAAUGUUAGUGACAGUGUGACGUAGAUCUGUCAGACUUUUCUAAUCCUAGAGUUUCACCGUCUGUUUUCUAUCAGAAGCUAAUGCAGGAGACAGGUGUAGGAGACUAUUUUCAUGUUCAGCCUGCAUGAAACACUCAAGAGACCCAUAAGAAUCAGAAAUAUCAUUAAAAGUGUUUUUUCAGUGUUCCACACCUUUAAAACUUACUUCUAUCCUGUCCAUCUAAAAAUGUGUUUAUUUUUCUUUUACAGGAAAUUAUAAAGUUUUCAAAGCCAUUGUUACAAUUAAAGAAUUGUUUUAUUCGUUCAGUUUUCUCCGGGAUGUAUCCCAGCAACAGUGAGUUUAGAUUUACUAAAAAAAAAAACAAGCAUGCAGACAAGAAACCUGCUAAAUUAUCCCGGAGAUAAAAGUGCACCCUGGUGGCCACGGGACAAUGGAUAAAAAUAGCGUUCACAUCUAAUGUUGCAAGAAGCUGAAGGUAUUUUUUACAUCCUUAAGCUGAAUCUGAAAGACAAACAUAACCUCACAGUUUCAACACGGCUCCAUGUGUUUGUUUUCCUUCUCUUGUACUGUAAUGUGCCUUUUUAUUUAAAAAAGACAAGACAAGAAAAAGCUCUGUGUACAAAAAAUUUGGAUAUUCGUGAUUUGUUGGAUCAUUAAUAAAACAUAAAGGUUUGAAUUUAAUGAUUUCAAGUGUUUAAUUACAAAAGAUCAGUUCACAAACACAAAAGCAAUGUUUCUGGUGGCAUAAAUACACAUUUAAAAUGAAACUUCAACGUUAACAUACACAAAAACGUGCUGAAUAUCCACUAAUUUCACAUAAAAACUAUACAGCAAACAUCACUUUCACAACCAUUCAUUUCCAGCAGAAGGAAUUAUCUGCUACC